AUGACUCUCCCAGCAGCUACCAACCGGAACACCAACGAGAGCAAGGUCGAUGUCCUCAUUGUCGGCGCAGGUCCCGCUGGCCUCAUGCUCGCCACACAGUUGUCCAAGCUCAAGAUUGACACUCGCGUCGUCGACAAGAUGGCGCACCCCGUGUUGCGCGGACACGCCGACGGCCUGCAGUGCCGCACCGGCGAGGUCUUUGAGGCUCUCAAUGUCCACCGACAGUUUGAUGCCGAGACCCACGAGUGCGCCGAAGUCAUCAUCUGGGACCCAGACCAGAACGGAGAUAUCCGCGAGACGUCACGCGUCGUCGACACGGUGCCAGGCAUGUCGCGUGUCAAGCACGUCAACCUUGGGCAGGACCGCGUUGAAGCCAUCUUCAUGGAGGCAAUGAAAAAGGCCAACAACCUCGAGGUUGAGCGUCUCAUCACGCCUACCUCAUUCAAGGUGGACGAGGCGUCGUUGGACGACAACGCUGCCUACCCCAUUACCGUGACGCUCAAGAAGCUGACACCGCCUGCCGAGUGGGCCAAUGGCGACGUCAAGUCGGGCAUGUAUCGCUCCAACCUCUUUACCGACGAGUCACAGACGGCGGUCAACGCCGUCAACGCCGAUCACAGCGGAGAGGAGACAGUACACUGCAAGUAUCUCGUCGGGUGUGAUGGCGCGCGUUCUUGGGUACGCAAAAACCUCGGACUGGAGCUCAAGGGCGACUCGGCCAACGUCUACUGGGGCGCCUUUGACGCAGUUGUCGACUCGGACCUUCCAACCACUCGCAUGAAGAACGUCAUUCACUCCAAGGACGCCGGUGCUGUCCUCAUGGUGCCGCGCGAGGACGGUAUGGUGCGCGUGUACACGCAGAUGGGCGAGCUCAAGCCGGGAGAGCGAGUCGAUCGUGACGCAGUGACUAUCGACAAGCUCAUGGAGAAGACGAGACAGGUACUGCAUCCGUACCGUAUCGACUUUCCUUAUAUCGACUGGUACACUUGCUACGAGAUCGGACAGCGAGUGUGCGACACGUUCAGCCAGUACAAGGACCACAUCCUGAUUGCGGGCGACGCGUGUCACACCCACUCGCCCAAGGCUGGGCAGGGCAUGAACGUCUCGAUGAUGGACACGUUCAACCUCGGGUGGAAGCUCGCAUCGGUCCUCCGCGGCCAGGCGAAACGCGACAUCCUCCAAACGUACCAACUGGAGAGGCAGAAGACGGCGCACCAGCUCAUCGAAUUUGACCGCAAGUUCUCUGCCCUGUUUACAGGCAAGGCCAAGACAGCCGAGCGCGCCGGCGUGUCGCCCGAGGAAAUGCGUAAGGCGUGGGACGACUCGAUCAGGUUUACCUCUGGCACUGGUGUCGUGUACGAGCCCAACCUCAUUGUCGGCAAGCCCAACCCGUGGUUAGCCAAGAACAUUACUGUCGGCAGCCACUUUGAGAACCACCAAGUUGUCGGUGCGUUCAAUGGCCACGCACUCCAACUCCAGGGACGUCUGCUCGCCGACGGGCGAUGGCGCAUCGUCAUCUUCCCCGGCGACAUCCGACACUCUGAGAACCUCACGGCCCUCAAAGUACUCGGCGACUUCCUCGGCUCCAAUGGGCCUGCGACAAAGUACACGCCCAAGGGAGAGGACCUUGACAGCGUCAUCCAGACGCUGACAGUGUUCGCGACGCCCCACCGCGAAGUACAGUACGCCGCGCCGACCUUGCCCUCCAUCUUGCAGCCCACGAAGAAGCCACACGGCAUCAAGGACUUUGACUGCUUCAUGUGUGAUGAGCCGUCGUAUCACGACGGCGACGGCAAGGCGUACCUCGGCUACGGUAUCGACCCGCUUGUGGGAUGUGUCGUUGUCGUCCGGCCAGACCAGCACGUGUCGGGCGUGUAUGCGAUGGACGAGGUGGAGGAGAUUUCCAACUUCUUCGACUCCUUUAUGCUUGUCCCUCAGUCGCAAUGA